CACCGCAUUCUCACACUCGACAUCUGGUCAGGACGCACCGACAGACGCACCAUCUCCGCAGAGCACGCACACCGGGGCUGCACAAUGGAUGUCAUCGGGGCUCCAUCCCGCAGGAGAAUGCUCGAGACUCGGAGCAACCGCUCAUCCCCACCCGCCAGCCUAAGAUCACACUCCUGGUCUCAGAGAAAUCCGGGGUCCAUGUCCAUCUCCUACAAAAGAACUACCAAGAUGCCAGCCAGCAGGGCGUACACGACCGCGCCAGACAACCUGGAACUUUCAUCCGCAUUCAACGGUGACCACACGCGCAACAACGAGAAGGAACAACUUCAAGGGUUGAAUGACCGAUUCUCCAGUUAUAUCGAUAAAGUCCGGUAUCUGGAAGAACAAAAUAACCUGCUGGAGACUGAAAUCCAAGAACUCCGGCAGAAAAAGUUCACUCAGUCGCAACUUAGUGAUGCUUUCGACCAAGAGCUCGGCGAACUCCGCUCCGCGCUCGAGCAACUGCAUAGAGAGAAAGUGCAGAUUAUUAUUGAUGCCGAUAACGUCGAAGACGACAUCCACCGUCUCAAAAACCGCUACGAGGAUGAAGCCCGCUUUAGAGAAAAAAUCGAGAUGUCAAUCCGGGAAAUGAAGAAGGAAAAAGAUGACUCGGAUCUGAUGAAAUUGGAUUUGGAGAACAAAGUUCAGUCCCUCCUGGAUGAGGCAGACUUCCUGCGCAGUAACCAUGAACAAGAGGUCAACGACCUCCUCGCGCAGCUCCAAGAGGCUCAAGUCCCGGUAGACAUGCGGGAAUACAGUAAAACGGACAUCACCUCUGCGCUCCGAGAGAUACGCGAGCAGCUGGACGGUCUCUCACCCCAAAACUUUCUUCAGGCGGAAGAGGUGUUCCAGUGCCGCUACGCCAAACUCACGGACGCUGCAGACCAGAACAAGGACGCGAUCAAAUCUGUCCGCGAUGAGAUCGCAGAUUAUCGCCGGCAGUUGCAGGUGAAGAACGUGGAACUGGAGGCUCUCCGCGGCACCAAAGAGUCCCUGGAGAGACAGCUGACUUACAUCGAAGACCGGCAUAACAACGACUUGGGCAGCUACCAGGAGAUGAUUCAUCAGCUGGAGCGGGAGCUGAAGGGCAUGAAAGGUGAGAUGGGUCACCACCUCAGGGAAUACCAGGACCUGCUCAACGCCAAGAUGGCCCUGGACGCUGAGAUCGCAGCCUACAGAAAACUACUGGAGGGGGAGGAGACUCGCUUCAGGCCAUUUGCUGACUCUUUCCCAAGCCCCGCCUUCCCAUACUGUCAGCCAAUGACCUCCUCUAAAGGGAAGAAGGAAGACAAGAAGGCGGACCUGAACGAUGACCUGGCUGCUGUAGUGGAGGAACUCCAGAAGGAGGAGGAGGCCGUGGAGGAAGAGGUGGCUGUCUCCAAGCGACCCAAACUGAGCGCUACUCCCCCUACAGGAGAGGAGGAGGAGGGUGGAGAAGAGGGAGGUGAAGAGGGUGAGGGAGAGGAAGAAGAGUCUGCUAUUGGGGAAACACAACUGAGCAGUACCAAAGCUCAAAAGGCUGGUGCUGAAGAAGAGGAGGAGGAAGAUGAAGCACAGGAGUCAGGAGAGAAAGACAAAAAGAGUGACUCAGAGGGAGAGGAAGGAGAACAGGCAGGUGACAAGAAAGAGGUGAAGGAGGCAGCAGCACCUGAUCAGAAGCAGGAGGAUCAGGUGGAGGAGCUGAGGAGUCCCCCAAAGACUCCUGGCAGCCCCAAAGGGGAGGAGCAGAAGAGUCCCCCCAAGUCUCCAGGCAGCCCAAAAGAGGAGGAGCAGAAGAGUCCUCCCAAGUCUCCAGGCAGCCCAAAAGAGGAGGAGCAGAAGAGUCCCCCCAAGUCUCCAGGCAGCCCAAAAGAGGAGGAGCAGAAGAGUUCUCCUAAGUCUCCUGGUAGCCCCAAAGAGGAGCAGGACAAGGAGCUGAAGAGUCCCCUCAAGGCUCCCGUCAGCCCCAAAGAGGAGGAGCAGAAGAGUCCUCCCAAGUCUCCUGGCAGCCCCAAAGAGGAGGAGCAGAAGAGUCCCCCCAAGUCUCCAGGCAGCCCAAAAGAGGAGGAGCAGAAGAGUUCUCAUAAGUCUCCUGGUAGCCCCAAAGAGGAGCAGGACAAGGAGCUGAAGAGUCCCCUCAAGGCUCCCGUCAGCCCCAAAGAGGAGGAGCAGAAGAGUCCUCCCAAGUCUCCUGGCAGCCCCAAAGAGGAGGAGCAGAAGAGUCCCCCCAAGACUCCUGGCAGCCCCAAAGAGGAAGAGCAGAAGAGUCCCCCUAAGACACCUAGCAGCCCCAAAGAGGAGCAGGACAAGGAGCUGAAGAGUCCUCUCAAGGCUCCCGUCAGCCCCAAAGAGGAGGAGCAGAAGAGUCCUCCCAAGUCUCCUGGCAGCCCCAAAGAGGAGGAGCAGAAGAGUCCCCCCAAGACUCCUGGCAGCCCCAAAGAGGAGGAGCAGAAGAGUCCCCCUAAGACACCUAGCAGCCCCAAAGAGGAGGUGAAGGAGAAGGAGCUGAAGAGUCCCCCUAAGUCUCCUGGCAGCCCCAAAGAGGAGGAGCAGAAGAGUCCCCCCAAGACUCCUGGCAGCCCCAAAAAGGAGGAGCAGAAGAGUCCCCCCAAGACUGCUGGCAGCCCCAAAGAGGAGGAGCAGAUGAGUCCCCCCAAGACACCUAGCAGCCCCAAAGAGGAGGUGCAGGAGAAGGAGUUGAAGAGUCCCCCCAAGACUCCUGGCAGCCCCAAAGAGGAGGAGCUGAAGAGUCCCCCCAAGUCUCCUGGAAGCCCCAAAGAGGAGGUGCAGAAGAGUCCCCCCAAGUCUCCUGGCAGCCCCAAAGAGGAGGAGCAGAAGAGUCCCUCCAAGACUCCUGGCAGCCCCAAAGAGGAGAAGGUCCUCACCCGCACUGAAGAAACCAUCAGCAAUGAAGACCAGGUGGCGGCCAAGCCUGCCAAGAAGAGCAAGCCAGCAGAAGAGGUCAAAGACUCCAAAACCACCGCCAAAAAAGCAGGAAAGACAUCUGCCCCAGCCGCUAAAGAAGUGAAGGAGAAGUAAACUCAGAGCAGGGCGAGAGUAGACAAAGAGUCAAAACCACUAAGACAAGCUCCACAGCAAGAGACUAUAACUGCAUGUAAUGCUGAGGAUGGUGAGGGAGAUUUGGGCAGUGUCAGGGACAGGAGCUAUAUGAGCGCUAAUAUGAAGCCAGAGGCACAUUAAAUUUAGUGAUAAAUCUCAAAGGCGCAAACUCUCCGUCAAGUCCCAAAGGUGCGACUCCCUCAAACGUGUCGGUGACCUCUGGUCUGCUCUGACCCCACUGACCUGCCGGCUGUGCUAUGCUGCAGGCGCUUCCCGCCUUAAUUGCGCCGCAAGCCCGGUGCGCUCAGCUGUGAAACAUACAAACACAAACACAAACACUGCUGUUUACAACUCCAGAGCAAUAUGGAAAACCCAUUGCCUUAAUAAAGCAAUACAGAUCUUCCAAG